CUCCACGACGACCACGACGAAGACGCCCGCCGCUCCUGCUGCUGCUGCUACCCAACAUGAAGUUGAGCGACGAAGCAUACACGACUGCGAUUCUGCAUGCAGCCAAGCACCCGGCAUCGAGCGUGACGGGCCUCCUCGUGGGCGGUUCGACGCAGUCGGUCGAGCGUGUCGUACCCCUUGUUCACAACUGGACGGAUCUCGCGCCCAUGACUGAGGUAGCCUCCUCCCUGGUCGAGGCAUCGCUUAGUUCCACAGAAAAGAUUGUGGGCGUCUACCACGCGCCGGCGUCCGCGAUCGAGACGAGCGCGGCGCCAUCCGCCGUCAAGCUGGCACAGGUCGUUGCAAGGAAGCUGAGCACCGACGCUGUGCUUCUCCAGGUCAACAAUGCGCUGCUGGCUUCGACGACAGCCCAUGCGCUCCAACCGUUCAGCGUCUCGGCAUCCGGACAGGUCAGGAGCGUGCCAGUCGCCGACGUCGCGCUCGCCGAUGGACAAGCGAGCAUCGAGCGAGUCAAGUCGGAGGUGGCAAAGGGGACGUGGGAGCACAUCGUGGACUUUGAUGAUCAUCUGCAGGACACGAGCUUGAAUUGGCUGCAGCAACGGCCAAGAGCCGCUGUGGCGUAAUGUCUGUUAUUAUAGAAUACAGAGUGGCUACUAUAUCGAUGAGCGAGACCAGACGGG